GUCCUUUGUUCCGUGGUGCGGCUCGCUUGGAGUUCUGCUUGAACCCCAAGGGCGAGCGCUCCACCUUCGUCUGGGAGCACGUGGCGUUGAGUGUGGCGGUGGCCUUCUGGUUCGCGACUGCGCAGGCCAAAGCAGGUGAUCGCCGAGUUCUAGCUGUCCUGCGCCCGGGGGUUCAUCUGUGGAACCUCGCCGAGGACUGGUGGGUCGAUCAACACGGUGACCAGACUUGGCACGUUCCGUCGAAUCAGUGGCGGAAGGCUGCGAGGUACACCGACUGGGCCUGUGAGUCUCUUUCAGGCCCAGUCGGUGUUGAUGACCUCCUAGGACUUUCGGGUUACGGCGGAAGAUGUUGCGUGGGCCAACAAGAUGAGGUCUUGGACUUGCCGGAGCAUCGGGCCGAGUUUUUGCAGCAGGUGUGCCCACAGUGCAGCUUCAGCGACGAAGAAGGUUCACUUUUGCUGUUCCUCUUUCUUUGUAGGAGGAAGAAGGCUUCAAGUGGCGUCUUCACGGAGCUGGUAGCCGCUGGUCCUGUGGUAGUGCGACGAGAAGACCCCGACCAGGUUCCAUCAGCGUUUCCUAAUCAGAACCAGGCCCCAGGGCCAAGCCUUCUUCGAAGGCAGCAGAGGCCUGCGGCUCUUUCGGUUGUCUUCGUCGAGCCACCAGCGGUGGUCCCGGUUGCAAGUCAGAAAGGUUUGUGGCGCUGCUCGCCGCCGGCUUGGAAUGUUUGCGACCUUCGGCCGCGACAAGGAGUUUGCUGCUGCUGUAGGAGUGCCGAGCUGCUUCGCAAUGUUUACGUGCAGCGUAUUAUGGUGCCCUACCGGCUGAAGGAAGCCACCUGGGUCUGUGGGAGCUGUUUGCAGCACCUCGCCACGGGCAACGCUGGUUGGCUGCAAGACUUGGACGCUUAUGAUGAGCUGCUCUGGCCCAAAAGGUUUCAGGAGCAAAGUGAAGGAAGGUGGGCCAAGACGGUUGCAGUUCGAAAACGCCGCGCUUGCUCCAGUGGUAAAUUUGGAGGUGAUUUUGGAGGUAUGUUGGCGGGCAAUUUUGCAAACAAUGCCCGCUCUGAUGCUAUUUAUGGGACAGUGGGUGCGGUUUUCUGCUUCCGCAUUGACGGCUGUUGCUGUGACGUUUUUCCUUAUCAGUGCAACCAGAGCUUGCGAGCGUUUCUGAUUAUCAUUUUGUUGGCUGCCUGUCAGCGAGAGCACGUGCCAGCUUCUUUUAUUCGAAGUCCAGGUGGCUUGCUGCGUCAGCUUUGGUUUUUUGAGGGCUUCGCAGAGAUAGUGCUGCUGCAAGAGCUUCGCAUGUCGCGGGCUCGGCGCCUCUUGGGGCGGGAGGUCAACGUGCGUCACCUUCGCGGAAAUUGGCGUGAGAUGCCACCUGCUGCAAGAGUUUUCUCCGAAGACUGGGAACGGCUGGAAGCCGUUGGCUUUCCAGUUCCGCUUUUCCAAGAGCGCGCAGCGCAGGUGGAGUUUUUCAUAGAAAUUUGGCACGACCGGGUGAUUGCAAGACACAUCGUUCGCACCAAAAGGACGACCUGCAGAAUGGUGCUGGCUGGCUUCGAGCUUGAAGUGUCUUACACGAAAGAAACAAUUUACCGGGAGGAGAGCUCACCAGAAUAA